CUACAUCAUAGGUCAAGAAUUUCAUACAACACAUAAACAUCACAUUUGAGUUACUUACACACGAUCUCUCUCUCUCUCUCUCUCCUCUGUCUUUUACUCUCUUGAGGUAAUUUGAAAUGGCUGAACAAUCCAAGGUCAUUCAUGUUCGAAAUGUCGGGCACGAGAUAUCUGAAAACGAUUUGCUUCAGUUAUUUCAGCCUUUUGGAGUCGUAACAAAGCUUGUGAUGUUGCGUGCUAAAAAUCAGGCACUUGUACAAAUGCAAGAUGUUGCUUCUGCUGAUAGUGCUAUACAGUUCUAUAUAAAUUCUCAACCAAGCAUAAGGGGGAGAAAUGUUUAUGUCCAGUUUUCCUCUCAUCGAGAACUGACGACAAUGGAUCAAAAUCAAGGACGAGAAGAUGAGCCAAAUCGAAUUCUCUUAGUUACGGUUCAUCAAGUGCUGUAUCCUAUGACUGUGGAUGUUCUACAGCAAGUAUUUUCUCCUCAUGGAUUUGUGGAAAAGAUUGUGACAUUUCAGAAGUCAGCUGGGUUUCAAGCUCUCAUCCAGUACGAGACUCGUCAGAGUGCUGUGACUGCCAGAGGUGCUCUGCAGGGACGCAAUGUUUAUGAUGGUUGCUGUCAGCUGGACAUUCAGUUCUCAAACCUUGAUGAACUACAAGUGAACUACAAUAAUGACCGGUCAAGGGACUUUACCAACCCAAAUCUGCCUACUGAUCAGAAAGGCCGACCUUCACAGGCUGGAUACGGUGAUGCAGGAAAUUAUGGGGGAAUUCAAGGUUCUGGACCCAGACAAGCUGGAUUUUCACAGAUGGGAAAUGCUCAAGCAAUUGAAGCUGCCUUCGGGGGAGAUUUGCCUCCUGGAAUAACUGGAACAAAUGAAAGGUGUACCAUUCUUGUCACAAAUCUCAAUCCUGACAGAAUUGACGAGGACAAAUUGUUCAACUUGUUCUCUAUUUAUGGGAACAUUGUCAGAAUCAAACUUCUCCGAAAUAAACCAGAUCAUGCACUUGUCCAGAUGGGGGAUGGUUUUCAAGCUGAAUUGGCAGUUCACUUUCUGAAGGGGGCCAUGUUGUUCGGAAAGCAUUUGGAUGUGAACUUCUCAAAGCAUCCAAUUAUAACCCAAGGUCCUGAUACACAUGAAUACAUGAACUCCAAUCUCAAUCGAUUCAACCGAAAUGCUGCUAAAAACUACCGGUAUUGCUGCUCGCCAACAAGGAUUAUCCACAUGUCCUCCCUCCCACAAGAAAUUAUUGAAGACGAGAUUGCAAGUCUUCUGCAGGAGCAUGGAAUCAUUGUCAACUGCAAAGUCUUUGAGAUGAAUGGGAAAAAGCAGGCUCUCGUUCAGUUUGAGACCGAAGAGGAGGCAACUGAAGCCCUUGUUUGCAAGCAUGCAAGUUCACUUUCCGGCUUCGUGGUCCGUAUCUCCUUUUCGCAGUUGCAAAAUAUAUGAUGUGGUGCACUUCAGUACGGAGCAAAGGAAUUCUAUUUUUAUUUGGUAUACGGGAUUCUGAAUUCUGGAAAGAUAAUUUUAUGCCGACAAUCCCAUCUUCUGUCUUUUUAUGGUCUCAUUGGUUGUGAAUUAACUUAUAAAAACUUGUUCGUGAUUUUUCUCUAUGGAUCGUUUUUCUUCUCAUCUCCAUUGCCCCUAUUAGUACUUUUUAUGUUAGAUUGCUGAGACAAGGUUUAUGGUUGCAGAUGCAUGAAGUUUUGAGUAGAAAAGAGAAAAUUAGUUUCUUGUUUAGAGUUGAGGAAUUGUCUUAUGGUUUUUUUUUUGUUUAUGAUGAUUGUUGAUGUAUAUUAUUUGGAAUACAGGCUUAGUUGGCCUUUGUGUUGUAUUCUCAAUAACAUCAAAUUUUUCUUGUCCAUCAUAUAAUAUUAUAAUCCAACUAAUGUUAAAAUUUA